UAGCAAUACACAAUCAAUCUACGAUCAAUCCAUCUUCUUAUUUCAUCAUUAUGGACUGCAAAAACAUUUCGUAUUGGUUUAUAUCUUACCUUGCAAUCUUAACUCUUUUCUCCAAAGACUUGGUCUCCUCGUUUCCAUCAGGAAAUAAUUACAAUGGUUAUAAUAAUGGUCACGGAUACGGACUAACUAGCAAUCUCGACUAUCGAUUCUAUGAUCGCUCUUGUCCUCGUCUUCAGAUGAUUAUUAGGUCCGGAGUUUGGAGAGCUUUUAAAGAUGAUUCUAGAAUCGCUGCUUCUCUUCUCCGACUCCAUUUCCAUGAUUGUUUUGUCAAUGGAUGUGAUGGAUCUAUACUUCUGAAUGAUUCCGAGGAUUUCAAAGGAGAGAAAAACGCUCGGCCAAACCGAAACUCAGUCCGUGGCUUCGAAGUCAUUGAAGACAUUAAAUCUGAUAUCGAAAGUUCUUGUCCCUUAACUGUUUCAUGCGCGGACAUAGUUGCCCUUGCAGCAAGAGAAGCCGUCGUCGUCACCGGAGGGCCAUUUUGGCCGGUGCCUUUAGGGCGAAGGGACUCGUUAACGGCAAGUGAGCAAGCGGCGAAUACAAAUCUGCCAUCUCCGUUUGAGCCGUUGGAGAAUAUAACGGCCAAGUUUGUGACCCUUGGGCUCGACCUCAAGGAUGUUGUUGUCCUCUCAGGAGCACAUACUAUAGGAUUUGCUCAAUGUUUCGUAUUCAAGCACAGGCUCUUCAACUUCAAGGGCUCUGGACAGCCUGACCCAAACCUAGCUGCUUCUUCGUCUCUUCUCUCUAAGCUAAAAGACACAUGUCCUAAUGUGGACUCAUCGGACUCUAAGCUCGCUGCUCUUGAUGCAGCUAGCUCAGUCAAGUUUGACAAUGCUUACUACGUGAACUUAAUGAAUAACAUAGGACUGUUGGAUUCCGACCAAACCCUAAUGUCGGAUCCUACAGCCGCCGCCUUGGUUAAAUCGUACAGCGAGAAUCCGUAUUUGUUCUCGAGGGAUUUUGCAGUUUCAAUGGUUAAAAUGGGGAAUGUCGGCGUUAUGACCGGAAGUGAUGGAGUAAUUAGAGCAAAAUGUGGAUUUCCAGGUUAAGUUACAUACAUAGACUGUGUGAACGUAAAACACUCAAUCAUCUCUCUAUAACAUGCAUAUCUAGAAAUAAUCUAGCUUUUAAAUAUGAAUAAUAUAUACCAAAGUCCAUGAAUAAAAUAUGUAUAUAUAAAAUAUGGUGCAAAAUCAACCUUAUGUAAUCUACAUAUGGAAUUAUGGAUCACAGAGAGAAAAAAUACUUGGAGUUGUAUGUGUGUUUGUGUGUAAUGGAAUAUGUGUCUUUGCAUUUUUCUAGUA